AUGUCGAAGGGCAAAAAGGGCAAGAGCAAGGCCAAAGGCGGCUCGGCCAAGGGCACACCGCAGCGCGCGCAGUCCAAACGCCACUCAUACCAAUCAUGGCCAGUACAUGAGGAGACCGCGACCGCCUCCAAGUUCUCCCUCAAAGACGAGGCCAAAUGGAUGUCAAGUCACCGCACCGCUGCGUUUGAAGCUGGCAAGAAAUUGCGACACAUGCCCAUCGAGUUCAUAAGCGCCGGCCACCUCGAAGGCACGCUGAAGAAACUCACGCCCGACGUAGAGACGGCCCAAGUCUCAUCUGAAUCCAGCGCUGAAUCCAUUACACCAUCCUCGCCCUCCUCCACGCCCGACAACACGUCAGCAAUGGCACACAUGGCCAUUCGCAGUCCCUCGCCCGCGCCUUCUGAGGCUUCAUCUUCGAGCGCCGACGAAGUGCUAUUCAGAGGCCGUGGAAACCAGCCACCAGCUGCGUCUGUCGCCACCUCGUCCUCUCAACAGGCACCCAAAGCCACCUCUACUGCGAAGCCGCCACCCACAUCCGCACACGCGACGGCGCGACCAUCAAAGCCGACUCCUUCAACAGAGACGCCGUCUGUUCAGACACCCGAGCUCACCGCUGCCUCUACUACCGACAAUACAUCCGUGGCAACGACAGCCAAGCUUCCAGUAUCGGUUGAGCUUAGCAUUCGAGGCAACGCUACAUCUCAGCUGGAGGUAGAGGUGGACUCGGAUGCCGAUGACGUUGAUCAAAACCAGUUCUCAAGGCGAAGAGGAGGCAGACCCGCAUGGGAAGGCACAACUACCGAGUGGCUACACCGGAGCAAACCAAAUGUCGGAUGGUUGCCUGGUAAUGCCCGCCCUGACAUGGACGCCUAUCUGCGCGGCGAGGUGAACCCUCGCGACGCCGCGAUAGAUGACUACAUGCAGAACAUGGAGGAGUUUGGUCUUACCGAAGAUAUGAUGGCUUCGUCUGGCUUCGCACGCCGUGAUAUGGAUCUGGAUGCGGGCAGUCAUAAUGAUUGGGAGUCAGCAUCUGGAAGCGAAGACGGUGGUAAUGAAGAUGCAGGCGAUGGCACUGAGGAGUGGGACUCAGAUAUGCUGCAGGAUUUCGACGACAUGGACACCGCAUCAGACGUCGCGGACAAAGUCGUUCGGAUUCUAUCAAAACGCAUGCGCAAGAGUGGCCUCCAAUAUCUCUGCGUAUACGAAGACUCGAUAAUAGACGAAGCUCGCUGGAUCUCACCUACCCACCUCAAGUCUGGCGACGAGAAGCUACUGAUCAAAGCUUUUGAGGCAGAAGCUCACGAGCGUGAGCAGCAAAUGCUCUCCAGCAGCGACUCCGAGGACGACUCCGAGGAUGAGGACGAUGAAGAUGAAGAAGCUGAAGACUGGGAUGAUGAGACCAUCGCAAAGGUCUUGCAGAAGCAAGAAGAGCUUGGUCUGGGUGGCGACGAAGUGAUGCUCUAUGGUGGCGAUGAAUAUUUUGGUGGAUCGGGCCCAUCUAAGAACUACUCAUAUGGCGGUUACGGCAGAUCCAACAAAAAGGGAAAGGGGCGCGGCCGGGGCAAGAGAGAACCUAUUUUCCCCUCCGCUUCUGCUAUGGUUGCGGCCCUGGAGAUGGAUCCAUAUGGUGGCUUUGACAUCAUGGAUACUGAGCGCCCAUCGCUUAAACCCAAGAAGAAGGGUCGACGUGGUCAGCCACCGCCAGAAUUGGACGAUUCAGAUCUGAACGAGCAGUUGCAAAGCGCGUGGGCGAAUGACAGAGCCAAGAAGCGUGUGAAGAAGGCCGAGCGCGAAGAGUUGCGUCAACAAGGCUUGUUAGGUCGCAAGGGCAAGGGCCCCAACCUCAAGGUCAAGUACCAGGGUGGCCUCGAUAUGGAAGACAUUGUCGAAGAGCUUCGUGAGUUCUUGCUAGGCGACAUGCAGACAUUGUCUCUCCCACCCAUGGAGGCUUAUCGCCGCGCCACCGUCCACCAAGCUGCUUCAUUCUUCAAUCUGAACUCACGUUCUCGGGGCUCUGGUAUGGACAGGUUCACCAUCCUGUCCAAGACCAACCGCACCCGCACCUAUACGGACGACGAAUUCGAUAUUGCGAUUGCGAAGAAGGGUUUCCAGAAACGCCUUAAAGGUCCUCUUUACUCAGAGGGUGGUGGUGGCGGCCGUCCGGGCAAGUAUUCCACCGUCAAGCACAAGCAAGGUGGUGCGCGCACCCGUCCUCAACUGGGCUACAAAGAUGGUGAGACUGUCGGUGCGAAUGCGCCAGAGCUCGGUCCUGAGAGCAAGGGCCAUGCCUUGAUGAUGAAAAUGGGAUGGUCCAACGGUGAAGCUCUGGGUGCUGGCGACAACAAGGGCAUCCUAAAGCCUAUUCCCCACACUGUCAAGACCAAUAAGGCUGGUUUGCAGUGA